AUGGCGAGAGCUAAAGAAGAACAAAACAAAGAAAGCACUACAGCAUUAUCAUGUUUCAAGAAUAUCUCAUUUCCAUACAACACAACUUUCUUGAUCGCAAACGCGAUUUUUCUCGUCACAUCCGCUUUCUGGUUCGUAACCGUCUCGAUAUUACAUUACAAGACCGAUGAAUGUAACCGGUUCGUGACAACUCCAGGGAUCUUCGUGAGCUUCUCGUUGCUCGCAAUGACUCUCACCGGAUUCUACGCCGCUUACUUCAAAUCCGAUUGUCUCUUCCGAAUCCACUUCUUCAUCUUCUUCCUGUGGAUGUUCGUGGUCGUGGCUAAAGCCUUUUUCGUUUACUGUCUACAAAAAGAGACCAAUCCAAGGUUGUUCCCUGGGACGAAGAUCCAUGAGUAUAGGUUCGACGACUACUCGGGAUGGGUUCAUAGAUUGGUCAUCAAAGAAGAUGAAUGGUAUCGUACUAGGAGAUGUCUUGUUAAAGACAAUGUGUGUAACACGCUAUUCUCUAACCAAAACAUGACGGCUUCUGAGUUUUAUCAGAUGAAUCUAACUCCUAUACAGUCGGGUUGCUGCAAACCGCCGCUUUCAUGUGGAUUAAAAUACGAGAAAGCAAAUAUUUGGACGGUUUCAAGAUAUAAUAACAACUUAGAAGAAGAAGAUUGCAAGACGUGGAACAAUACGGCAAACACAUUAUGCUUCGAUUGCUAUUCGUGUAAAGCUGUGAUUAUUGCAGAUUUACGUAAUAAUUCAUUUUCUCUUACAAUUAAUAUCUUUCAUUUCUUCUUUAGUCUUUCCCUCGGCAUUAUGGGUUGGUUUGCUUGGUUAAAGAGCCUUCGAGAAGCUGAUCAGAACUAG